UAAUAACAACAUAGAAUUCGGCAAUUUUUUAACAAAGCUCAUUAAGGCCGUUAGGAAACUAAUACGCACUUGACGCGCGUGCGUACAGAUUUCAUUCGCAUUGACCAAGACACAUACAUAUGGGCAGUAGCAUCAUCUCGCAUCUGGCGCGAAAGUACGGUGCAGUGAUAUUCUUUCCAACUGUUACAGUCGGCUCCAUUUACGCUGAUUGGUCCCAUACACGCGAGUGGAAGCGCCAACAAAAUUUAGCAGCACAAAGCGCGGCGCUGAAGAGUCAAAGCUAAGGGCAUAAACAAAUCAUC